GUGUACCUUGGAGGAGCACAAACAACGGAAUGGGACAGGGGACAAAGGGGGAGGCCGAGGAGAAAAUUUCAACCCCAAUAGUCCUUGCCUAAGACUGAACCAGAACACCGCCCUCUAGGACCCAGGAGGAAGUCUCUUUUGGCUCUACGCGCGACAUUAGGCCCACCCCCUGGAGGAUUUUCCUGGUUCCUGGGGUGGGGAGCCACCAAGAGAUAGAGGAACGACUGCCCCGCCCCCGCACCUGUUCCCACCGUCACAACCCGGAGGGGCCCUCCCGCCCCCUGCCUCAGGUUUAGCUACCAUGAAACUGCACCGGAAGCCUGUGCUCAGCUACCUUCGAGGAACAGGAGCCCGGGCCCCAGAUCGGGAGGGUAUCUUGCUAAAGAAAGGGACUCGCAAUCCCAGCUACCAACGCCGCUGGUUCAUCCUCCGGGGUAAUCUCCUGUACUACCUGGAGAAACGAAGGGAUCGGACUCCUCUGGGCCUCAUCUUGUUGGACAACUGCCAGGUGGAGCCUCGAGACAGUACCACCGAGCCCUAUGCCUUUGCCAUCCUAGCCUCUGCGAGGGAAGGUGGUCGGUGCUACAAACUGGCAGCGGAGAGCAAGGCUGAGCUCGAUGGCUGGCUUAGGGCUCUAGUUAGGGCAGGAUGGAGUCAGCUGUGGGAGCUCCUGCAGCCCUUACAGGAGCAGUACCAAAGGGUGUGCCAAGAAGCUGGAGUGGAGCCCCAGGCACCACCGCAGGAAGACCGAUUUCUGGAUCUCCCCCGCUCUCCAGCCCCCUCUAGCUUCCAGGAGUUGCACCAGCGCUUUGGGGAAGAGAUCCAGGCACUUGCCAGGUCUAGGGCAACCAAGAAGCAAGCCGACCUCAUGGAGUUUGGGUGAGGGUGAAGCCCAAAUUCUGGGCCUGGAGGAAAGAAAGAUAUGGCAAGUCUAGAGCACUCUAAGGGAUGUCUAGGGCUGAUAUACUAAACGUUUUGGGAACUACUAAAAUCAAACUGGCUCACAGCCUGGAAGCAUAUUUGAAUAAAAGUCCCAAGGCUAAGCAUUCAUCUGG